AGUCCACUCUGAAUGUGCCACUCGAUACAGACGGGCGAUUCCUCACCUCUCUUUCUCUCUUCAGUUCUGUUCAAAAUAACAGGGUGAAGGCGGAUAUAUCAGCAUUUACGUAUGUGUUAUUACAGCCAAGUGUAGUUUCCACUAAGAGUUCAGCACUCUAAAAACACGCUUGUAAGUGCAUAUUCGGAAAUGAAAGUGAAGCGAUCGGAGAUGUGGACAGCCGCUGUCCUGCUGAUGUUAACCUUCUACGUGUGCGCGAGUGUACCCGAGGAGCCCCCGGACAGAGCGGCUCCAUCUGACGGCUAUUGCAGCUGGAUAACGCGGGCUCAGCCUCACGGAGCUGGAAGCAGGAGGGAGGGCUUCAAUGAGUUCAGACUGCGAGUGGAAGGAGACCCGGAGCAUUAUCAACCCGGCAGCACUUACCGAGUAUCCCUGUAUGCAACCAACCCUGCAUACUUCAGAGGCUUUACUCUUAUUGCUCUGAAGGAAGGGCACAAUGGAGACCAAGAGGAGGAUUAUGCUGGAAAUUUUCAGAUAAUCGAUGAGGAAGACACACAGUUUAUGACAAACUGCCCUCCAGCAGUGACAGAAAGCACCCCACGCAGGAGGACCAGGAUACAGGUGUUCUGGACUGCACCCCCAUCAGGCAGUGACUGUGUACUGUUGAAAGCUAGUAUUGUUCAGAGGAAGAUCAUCUCAUUCCAGGAUGAAGGAUCGCUAACGAAGCGGAUAUGUGAGAAAGAGGCAAUUUAUGGAGAAACCACAGACAAACCCCUGCUGGACUGCUGUGCCUGUGGAACUGCCAAAUACAGAGUCACAUUCUAUGGGAACUGGUCAGAGAAAUUGCACCCAAAAGACUACCCAAGGAGAGCCAAUCACUGGUCAGCCCUCAUUGGAGCUUCCCAUUCGAAGAACUAUAUAUUGUGGGAGUAUGGAGGUUAUGCCAGUGAAGGGGUCAAACAGGUUGCUGAACUGGGCUCACCGGUCAAGAUGGAGGAGGAGAUCCGUCAGAAGGGUGAUGAGGUCUUGACCGUCAUAAAGAUGAAGGCCCAAUGGCCAGCCUGGCAGCCCCUUAAUGUUCGAGCAGCUCCUUCAGCUGAGUUCUCAGUGGACCGAACACGUCACCUAAUGUCCUUUCUGACCAUGCUGGGUCCCAGUCCUGACUGGAACGUGGGUCUGUCAUCAGAGGACCUCUGCACCAGAGAGUGUGGCUGGGUCCAGAAGGUGGUUCAGGACCUCAUUCCAUGGGAUGCGGGUACAGACAGUGGGGUCACUUACGAGUCUCCCAACAAGCCUGCAACACCUCAGGAGAAAAUUCGUCCCCUCACAAGUUUAGACCAUCCACAGAGCCCUUUCUACGACCCAGAGGGUGGCGCAAUCACUCCUGUGGCUAGAGUUGUGGUAGAAAGAAUUGCUCGCAAGGGUGAGCAGUGCAACAUUGUGCCGGAUAAUGUGGACGACAUUGUGGCUGACAUUGCCCAGGAGGAAAAAGAAGAAGAUGACACUCCAGAGACAUGUAUCUACUCCAACUGGUCUCCGUGGUCCGCGUGCAGCUCCUCGACAUGUGAGAAGGGGAAAAGGAUGAGGCAGAGGAUGCUGAAGGCACAGCUGGAUCUCAGUGUGCCCUGUCCGCAUACUCAAGACUUUGAGCCGUGCAUGGGGCCCGGCUGCAGUGAUGAGGAUGCUUCCACGUGCAUGAUGUCGGAAUGGAUCACAUGGUCACCAUGCAGUAUGUCUUGUGGAGCAGGUGUGCGUUCUAGGGAGCGCUAUGUAAAACAGUUUCCAGAUGAUGGCUUUGCUUGCACUCAUCCCACUGAAGAGACAGAGCCAUGCACUGUCAAUGAGGACUGCUCUCCAAGCAGUUGCUUGGUUACUGAAUGGGGUGAAUGGGAUGCAUGCAGCGCCACCUGUGGGCUUGGCAUGAAAAGACGGGAGCGGAUGGUGAAAAUGCCCCCAUCUGAUGGCUCCAUUUGUGGGGCUGAGGUGGUGGAAGUGGAGAAGUGUAUGAUGCCAGAAUGCCAUACAAUCCCAUGUUUACUGUCCCCCUGGUCGGACUGGAGCGAUUGCAGUGUGACGUGUGGUAAAGGCACACGGAUGCGUCAGCGUAUGCUCAAAUCACCUGCAGAGUUGGGAGAAUGCAAUGAGGAGCUGGAACAGAUGGAGAAAUGCAUGCUGCCAGAGUGUCCGAUGGAUUGUGUGAUGACAGAGUGGUCCGAGUGGUCAGAGUGCAGUAAAUCCUGUGGGAAGGGUCACUUGAUCCGCACACGCAUGAUCACUCUGGAUGCUCAGUUUGGUGGGGAUCCGUGCCCCGAGACCACACAGAGAAAAACAUGCAAGAUCAAGAAGUGUAAUCAAGGAGGCAUAAACAGUGAAGAGAGGAAGAGGCGCAAGGAAGACCGUAAGAAGAGGAGGAACAAACAGGGAAGGGAGGAGAGUGCCGAUGACCUCGCAGGAUGCAAAAUGAAGCCGUGGUCUGCAUGGACUGACUGUACCAAGCUGUGUGGUGGGGGAAUCCAGGAGCGUUUAAUGACUGCCAAGAAGAGAUACAAGAAUGCACAACUAACUAGCUGUAAAGACCGAAAGGAGAUACGGGCCUGCAAUGUCCAUCCCUGCUAGGGCAGUAUUUGAGUGGGCUUGCGUGAUGGGACCCAAACUAGAUUAUGAACAGACUGUCACACACUGUCUUGCAGUUAUUUAAUGCACUCUGUUUGGGAUUGGAAAACUGCAAAAGGUAGUCUGUAAUUUUUACUUUUAUUUUCUAGAAUUUAUAGUGACCCAGGCAUUAUCUAGCCUGUAAAGGAAUAGGAAACCAAGAGGGAAGGUGCUCAGAGUUGCAAUGUACUGUACAAAUUUGGAUGUAUUAAUAUGCAUUAGUAUUUGAGAGUAACAGUCCUCUAUCGAACUUUGAAGAGGGAGUUCUUUUGAAUAUUGAUUUUUUCCAUGGAGUAUCAAAGAUUAAUGUGUUCUGACAUGAAAUUCAAAACAAAUUUCUCCUUUUAUACUCUGUGAUCCAAACACUCACACAUAAAAAAGAAACACUGACAGCUACCCAUGUUCACUUUUACCCUAUAAUCAAAAUGAUCAGAGGAGCUACAUUUAGAUGCAUGCAAACCAUUCAUUCAGGAUAUCUGAAAUGUUGUGGCCAUAAAUAUCUAGUUUUUUUUUUUUUUUUUUUAUUAUUGCUUUGUAGCCUGUGAAUGCUAAUUUUAGACAAAAAAAUUCAGAUGGCACUUAGAGGCUUUUGCAUAUGAACUAGGUAUUAGUAUGUAACAUUUUAGGUACAACAAAAUAUACAAAAACUGAACAAAAUCCUACAUUUGUGCAUUUUAAUAGACACUGCAAUGUACAAUAUGGGCAUAUUAACAACAUCUAAACUGUAAACACGGUAACAUAUUUACACAUACAGAAGUGUGACAUAAUUUCAAAUAUUUUAUCAUAACUAUAUUUGUAUAGUUAAAUUUUUACCAUUUCAUUUAUGUUUUAGAUUCCUUGACCUACCACAAACCUAAUCGUAUGUAUGAAACAUAAAAAAGGCAGCACCAAAGCAGCCCACAUGUCUAAUGUGUUUCUCUGUUUCUUGCUGAAAAUCACAUUCCAAUAUAUUUAAGGCACACAUAUUUUGUUCAAAUGCAUAUAUUUUAAGGUUUAAAGUUUUUUUUUUUUUUUUUUUUUUUUUUUUACUUUAUUUAAUGCGAUUUAAAACAUAAUCUGAUCAUAAAUACAAAAUCUAACAAUUAAUUACAUACAUUCAAUAGUCCUAAUUAAGUAUUUAUAGACAUGCUUUUAUACAAAGUUUUUCAUAUGUAAAUAUUUUGAUUUAGAUGCUAUUAAUACAUCAGUAUUGUACAUUUUAUUUUAUGUGCAAAUGGUAGAUCCACACUUUGCAGUAAUUUAAGUAAAAAUACUCACGAGAUGAUGUUAACAUACUGCACAAUUUAUUACAAAAUUGUUUACUUGCAUCUAAAGAGGGCUAUUCUGCUUUGACAUCCUCAGUAAAUUUAGCUUUUUAUUUUAUUUAGCGUUUCAAUAUAAAGUGGUCCAAAAAGUGUUUUGACACCCAGAGUCAUACUUGAAAUGAAUGAUUUUUCAUUGCACUGGAAAAUACAAUUUCAAACCAAAUGGCAUCUGAAAACGAAUGUCAGAGAAAUACAAGUACUCACAAGUAGCAGAGCAAACUUUUUUUUUUUUUUCAAUUUUAAUCCUGAAAAAAAAAAAAAUUGCUUUUACAAAGGUUUGUUUAUGUGUGUGUGUGUGUGUGUGUGUGUGUGUAACAGUAACAACCAUACAUUUAAAGUAUGCUUACACAGUCUUGAUGUUUUGGGGGAAUAUCACAACGCUAAAUAUUACUUACAAAUAGAGAGGAGAAAAAUAUUAACAUGAGUUGUCGGAAACAGAUCUUUGGAUUUCAAAGCAAACUUCCUUUCAGCAUAACCUUUAUGCAUUACAAGAGAAGGGAAGCUCAUUCAAUAUUCCAGUCAGUAUGAUGUACAGGUAAUAUAUGCAGUUAGGUCAAAAUAAAUAAAUAAAUAAAAAACCUUCCAAGACCUAGUCAUCUAUACUUCUAUACUUUGCCCGUAUAUUUGGCCUUUUAUAAAUCAGGCCCUAGCUGGUAUAUCGUUUGAUUUUUAAUAUGUUCUUUGCCCAGAAGUAUUGCCAUGUUUGCAAACCAGCUUUUACAUGAUAACUGUAAAAUAGUUUUGGGGAAAAUAUAAUAUUCUUGAGUAAAGAUUAUGGCCAUAAGCCAGUUAAAAUAAUUGAUGGAUCUGUUGUCUUCUGUGAUGAUUUCUGGUGCAAUUUUAGACUAAAAGCACAUAUAAUCAGCCAUUCCAGGAUUUUGUAUGUCUCGUGUGAAAUGAAUGCUGUCUAUGGUCCAAUGAUCUGUUAUGAUUUUGUUCCUCGCUGUAAGACAUGUAGACAGCGUUUAACUGAAAUGUGUUAAUUUGUUGGAUUUUGAUUUACUUUGGUUUUAUCAACCCUUUCUGAUAAUGGUCUUUUUUAUAAGAAAUUAUUCUUACCAAAGUCUUGCAUAGAUGUUUUGUAGUUGUCUCUCUUCCUUGUUGCUCCUCUGAUUCAUGAUCUAUGAUUCAUACUUUUUAAAUAUUUAACCUUUACAAUAAAAGGAAAUGUAACAAAGUGCCUAA